AUGGAGAGCCACCUUGUCGAAGACGGUUACUUUGGUGUGCAGGGUAGCCUGCAGAGCGGUCCCGAUGCCCACACCCCAGGCUCUGUGCAAAGCGUUGGCGCCGUGUCAAUCGAACUACCCUCGCAUCCGUCAUCGACCAUGGUAGCAUUAACUACACUACAAUACCUACCAAUUCCGCUCCUCGUAUUGUCGGCAGAUGCAACUGUCACGCUCGCCAACGAAGCAAUGGGCCGUCUUUUAGGGAUCGAUUGGUCAGCAGCAGCAGCAGAAGGAAUGACUGUAGCGGAGGCGUUAAUGGGAAAGAGCAUAGCUGAGCUCGGAAUAGAUAUUCUCCAGAAUGGUUCGCCCAUACUGGUCUCCUGGCAGGACUUCCUGAGAUCGGUGGUUGAGGAUGCUGCCGUUGAACGGAAAGAUCGUCUGGCCGCUGAAGACGGCCGACUAGACAGCGGCGGCAGUACGCCCACAGCUACUCCUUACGGCAAGGCAUUCGCUGACUCACCGCCCAAAUUACCACGGCUCAGUAGUCAAAACCUCACAGGAGCCACAGUGCACGACGUGUCAGUAGAUGUUAUCGUUGCCCCCACGAAUCGUGUUGGUGGUCGUUGCGCAUCACGAAACUCCGCAUUCUCUCCAGACGAGAACACACUUCAAGCCACCAUGAUCAUCUCAGUGUGGAGUAUUGAAGACGUCAAUUACUACACGCUGACGUUUACGAGUGCUCAACCUGUUGACGUGAAACAUAGCUCACGGCCAUCAAGCCGCAUAGUGACCAGAACAACAACAGCUUUUCAACUCACCAAGUCACAUAGCUCGACUUCUAGUUCAUCUUCUGGUCAGAGGUCUGGACCAAGCCCCAAAGCCCUCACGCCGACAUUCUCGUCAUUUGACUUUCCGCCGCGUGGCCCACCACUGAAGGCUAGAAACGACCUAUCCAUAUCUGCCAGCAUCUUUCAGAAAGCUUCACAGAUGAAGGACGCGAUCUUGAACUCGAUUAGUAUGCCAGCGUACGCCAUGUGGCAGGACGAAGGAUUUGGAAUACCGAACAAAGCGAUGCUCCGACUGCUGCCUGAAGAUGCCGUAUACAACCCUUCUGAUCAAAGAGCCUUCCUCAGUCAGUUCAGCUUGUGGACAGAGGAUUUUGCGCGCAAGCUUGACGUUGAUGAGCUUCCUAUAAUGGAGCUAUGCCGCAGCCAGCAACCUUUCGACAACCGUCGUGUAGCAAUGCGUCAUCCAAGUACCGGGGUAUCGAUGGCUUUUGAGGUGGCAGGCGAGCCAAUAGUUCACGACAUGACAGGCGAGUUUCUAGGCGGGAUUGUAAUCUUCAAAGACGUUACCUCAUAUACUAAUCAGAUCGCGGCACAAGUUCACGAGAAUGAACGGCAAUUUGAGUAA